CUCAUCUCUGUGCAACACGGCAACCAGCAAUUGCUGCUUUGAUAGAUUUUCAAUUUUAGUUGAUUCUUCUAACUGGAUUAGGUUGAUUUUCUUCCUAUAUCCAGUCAAUAGCUUUCUACAGUUUAUUUCUUGAAAUGUUUUUUUCUGUUCCUGGCUCUUUGCAUUUGAGGCACUGUCUACCUCACUGCGCCACCAAUGCAUCACUCUUGGUUUGACUAGAACUUUGUACCAGCCACAGAUUUGCACCAUUACCCUCAACUGGUUGUCAUGAAGAAACUUCCUGUAAAUUUCUGACUGGUAUUAGACUCAGAUUAAUGACAAUCAAGAUAAGGCGGUAUGGCUAAGACUUCAGAAGAGGUUCUGUUGAUCAUAAACCAUGUUCGCCACAAGAAGAUGGAUGGUUCACUUUAUUUGAUGGGGGAGCGACUUGCCUGGAUGCAAGUGCACAAAAAUUCCUUUAGUAUAAGCCAUCCAUACUCAGACAUUAAGGUACAAAAAAUUUCCCCUGGUUCUAAAGAGAAAGUUCAGCUACAGAUUUUGAUGCACGAUGGCACAGCCAACACGUUCCACUUCAACCAUUCACAGGGUCGUGAAGCGCAGAUCAGGGACAGAGAUGCUAUUAAGGAACUUCUCCAGCAAUUAUUACCACAGUUUCGACAGAAGGUUAACAGUGAGUUGGAGGAGAAAAAUAAGCUUUUGCAGGAAGAUCCAAAACUCUUUCAGCUCUACAAAGAUCUUGUUGUUAGCCAACUGAUGUCUGCUGAAGAAUUCUGGGCUAACCAUUCAGCAAAAUUUUCCAAUUCUAAUAAUGAUAAGAAUCAAACUGUUGGUGUUUCUGCUGCUUUUUUAGCAGAUAUCAAACCACAGACUGAUGGAUGUAAUGGACUCAGAUACAACCUUACACCAGAUGUUAUAGAAUCAAUUUUUAAGACUUAUCCAAUGGUUAAGAAGAAACAUGCAGAAAAUGUUCCUCACAAAAGUUCAGAAAAUGAAUUUUGGACUAAGUUUUUUCAGUCCCAUUAUUUCCACCGUGAUCGCAUCAAUAUUGGUAACAAAGAUAUGUUCUCAGAAUGUGCUAAAAAUGAUGAAGACGAGAUCAAACAAGACAUAGAUCGUAAUGUGAGCGAUCCGUUCUUGGAUUUAACUCAGAUCAAAGAUACAUCCUUGGGAGAGGGUUAUGGUGCCAUGAAUGAGGAGAGCCAGGCCAGCACAAAUCUGGCUAAUCUUUCAAUAAUACGACGCUUUAACUACCAUUCCACAAUGGUGCUCAAAACUUGCCAAGCACAAAGCCGGGAGACAGCAGCCAAUGCUUCUGGUGAUGUCUCUUCAACCAGCCUUAAUGGCAGUGACCAAACUGCCACAAAAUCAAAACUGAACCCUUCUGAUGCUAGCGACCAGCCAACUGAAAAGAAGGCUCGAAUCAUGGAGAAGAUUCACUACACAGACCUUGAGGAAGACACUAGCUCAUCUGCAACUUCAUUGAGUUUGACAAAAAUGGAGCGCUAUCUGCAUGGGCCAACACCUAUAUCAGCAUCUCUAUAUUCAACCAAUGACAAUGUUGUUCAGGCAGCUCAGAUGGUUCACCAGAAAUUGCCUCAUUGGUUACCAGCUUUGUCUCAGGUUCUUCCAGUUCAUUUAGCUCUCAGUGUGUUGGGAGAACUCUCUCCUGGUGGAAGUUUGAUGCAAAGAACAAGUCAGCAAGAUCUACAACAAAUAAUUCCUUUCGAUACUCAAGAAGAACUCCAACAGAUCUACAGUGCAUUGUGUGAACUAUUGAGACACUUUUGGUCCUGUUUUCCAGCAUCUUCCAAGUUCUUAGAAGAAAAGGUUAUCAAGAUGAAGUCAACUUUGGAGAGAUUCCAUAUCAAUAAACUGAACGCAUUCAAAGAACAUUUGAUUAGUCAGCAUUAUUCCAUUAAUCUUACUGGCCACAUGGAGGAGAUGUUAAAUGCUGCGUACAACAAAUUUGAAACUUGGCAGAGCAAACGCCUUGCCAAGAGAUGAAACCAUACAGUUUAGGUAUAUUGUACAGUGUUAUGAUUUAUUUAGUGAUGAUGGUGGUGGAAAUGACGGCUGGGAAUCCUUCUGUCCACCAAAAUAACCACCACCACCACUGCUAACAACAAUACUAUCAUUUGGUGAUAGAGUGGGGAGUGGGGAAUUACUCUGUCUACCUCCACUACCACCAUGAAAGCCAACAGCAGCGACACUAUUUCAAUAUUAUUAUUUGGUAGUGGUGACUGGAAAUUGUUCUGAUUGUCACCAUCACCUCCACCACAUUUACCAACAACUGUUAUAUUUGCUGGAGAUUGUGAUCAGAAAUCCUUCUGUGUCUACCCCUCUCCCCCAACCCCCCACUCCACCACCAACAACACUACUUUGUUUGCUGCACUUUUUAAUAACAUUUCAUUGAAUUAUUGUUUUUCUUUAUUUUUUGUUUUACCAACACCUCUCAGUUGGAUUAAGCUACCUAGUAGUUAUGAUGGUGUUAACUAUACAAGACUUCUUUUUGCAUACAUGCGUGUGUGUGUGUUGUAAUAUAUUUUCUUUUCCCUCAUUCACAUAUCCUAAACAUUUGAUUUUGUUGAUCUUUUGAACAAAGAAUUUCUCAUCAAACACACCCACACUGAUCAGUUGUCAUUCACAUUUCCUGCCCUGAUCCACUCAUGCGUCUUCUCUCUCUCUCUCUCUCUAUCUAUCUAUCACCUGUCACUCACACACACAUUCCACAACACUAAAUUAGAAUGCAAGGCUAAUUCCUGUUUUUGAUUUUCUAUUGAUUUGUUCAACAUAUUCCAAGAAUGAGAGGCAGGGUUCUAAUUUUUGAAUGUUUGUGAAACUAACUUUUUCAACUGUGUAUAUUUGUAUGUAGAUUGACAUAUGCGCAUGCACACGUGUGUGUGUGCAUGCAUGUAUGUGUGUGUAUACGAAUGUGAGGUUUGUCACCAUUAUAACUCUUUAGUUAUGACAACCUUAUAUUGCAGUGAAGAACGAAAAUAUAAAACUCAGUCAUGACAGAAACACUUCUCAGCUUCAAAUGAAUAUAAUCUAAAUAAAUAAAAUCUUGUCUCUGUAUUGAGUACAUAUUUUCCCCUUUGUUUGUGUUUGUUUAUGGUUAUGUAUAUUGUCUGUAUCAUGUGUCAUUGUGCACAUAAACUCACACGCACAGAAUUGAAAGUGUGUUCAGAUAUGUUUCUAAUUGAUUUAGGUAAGAUUUUUAUAUGUAGACAAUAUUAAUGUGUGUGUGUGAUCAACUGGACUCCAAAAAGACAUGUUUGUCUGCAUUGGCAAGACAUUAUGUAGUAAAAUCAAUAAAAAGAGAGCUGAACAUAUGAGGAGUGGGAACUCAUUGUUUUGGACAGUCCUUCUUCAAAGAAAAGUUGAAAGGAGAGAAUUUAAUGAGAGACAGCAGAGUUUGUGUGUGUGUGUGUGCAUGUAUGUAUACAUAGACUGGAGCCUGGUGUUGCCAUCCGGUUUCACCAGUCCUCAGUCAAAUCGUCCAACCCAUGCUAGCAUGGAAAGCGGACGUUAAACGAUGAUGAUGAUGAUGAUGAUGAUAUACACACACACACACACACAUGUUCAAGCAUUAUACUAAUACAACAUUGUUAAAACUUGUUCCUCUCAUAUCACUUUUUUGUUUUUGUAUUCAUUGCCUUCAUAUGUGUAUAUAUGUGUAUAUUGUAUAUUCUACAUAUAUACAUACAUAUUGUAUUAAAAAUGAAAUUGUUUGAGUUUACUUUUUUCUAUUAAAGACAUUUUUCCUGUAUCCCUAUUAGUCCUUAAUUUUUCAUGGCAGAACCUUAACAUCCCUAAUUUCAUUUGUUUCAAAGAGUUCUCAGCCUCAUCAUUGGUAGAACGUGAUGAUUAUUGCAGCGAUAUUUUUUUCUCUUUUUGCCAUAGAUUGUAAAGGAUUAUGGGACUAAUAUUAUAACUAAUAAAAUAUUUAUGCCACCUUUAAAACUGUUCAGUAGAUAACAAUAUAUUCUACUUAAUUUAAUGUGCCGGGUCUGUAUCUAUGGAUUGUCUCUUUGUAUUUUGUUAUUUAUUUAUAAACUUUGCAAAGUUAAUCUGAUUUUCAUAUGAAAUUCCAUCAAAGGUGGUUGUAUUACCAAUUCUAUAGAGAAUUGUAGCGUUGUCAGCUAAUGGUUUUUGCCAUCUAGUUUUGUUUCAUCCACUGUAUUACAACAGACUGCGACUGUUCCUAGUUACAUGGUCAAUCCAUGAGAAACUUUUUUUGUGUAGCUGAUGUAACAGGUUGACACAGGAAGUUUACAACUUCCACAUUACAUUGGUUGUUGGUUUAUGAUAAUGAUAAUGAAAUGAUUGUGUAUAGUGCUCAGGUGCACUACAACUCACCAAAGGUGCAUGUAUAGUACAUAGAAUUAUGUACAAGAGUUAGGAAAGUGAACAGUGUAUGAGUCCUGAUAUACAUGUGUGCAUGCAUAUGGAGUGGGGGGGGGGGGUAUCAGUUGUAGUGUUGGCAAAUUUCAGGUAGUUUCAAGUUGAUAAAAAAGUUUUCAGUUUGGUGUUUUUGUAAUAUAUUCUGUGAGUUUAUAUGAUGUGAGCCAUGUUUUCUGGUUUUUACUGAUGUAGUCAACCAUUUUGAUACAACACAAGUUGACAUAAACUAUGAAAUUUAUCUGGAGUUAAGUCCAACAGUAAUGAUUUUUAUCAUUUACAAUGCUAUUCCCAUGUUCCUUUGUGAUCCACUACAAAAUGCACAAAUAAUAUGUCACAACUGUUACCUUCUUAAUUUGACGAAGAGGCUAAGCAGGUUGAGAAACUUGAAUUCACUUCAGAAUGCUAUUGUUCAGAACAAAACUUGAAAAAUAUGAUCAACUUUCAAUAUAAAAGAUUAAACUCAAACACAAUGUCUUUUCUACAAUAUGUCUGAAAGAAAAAGUCUUGGUUUUUUUUACAUAACUAAAUGUAUACAUUUAUGUAUGUGUUUGUGUUAUUAAUAUUGUAUUCAUAUUAAAAGAUUGAGUGAUUUCAUUAUAUAUAUGUGUGUGUGUAUGUGCACACACACACACAUGAAGAUUUUACAAACUCUUUGUAUCUACCUCUCAAUUGCUAUAUCUCUAUCUCACACACACACAGCAAUGCAGUGGGGGUAUAUAUUUGUAAUAAAUGUCAAACUUUUUUGAACAUU